CCUGGCAGGUGCUGCUGCACGAAUUGGAGUUGCUGGCAGACCCCCCAGCAGCAGCAGCAGCAUCCGUCCUCUCACAGCACCCCGCAUCAUCAUCAGCAGCAGCAGCACCCGCUGACAAGGCUGGUGGUUUCAACAAUGCCACGGCAAACAGCACCAACCCUAGAAACAGCAACAGCGGCAACACCGCUUCGGGUUCCUCCUCGGAUACGACAAACCGCACUGCAACCGAUAACAUUGCUAACGGUUUUACAAAUGCCUCAAGCCCGGUGCUUCUGUCGAUGCUUGAGAGCCUGGAUGACGUCAGCCUGCUCCUGGCGGAGGAUCUGCUGGACCGCAUGUCUCAACACUGGCGGCAACGACUGAAGCAGCAGCAGCAGCAGGAGCAGCAGCAAGACCAAGACCAAGAGCCACAACAGCAGCACGCGCAAACAGCAGGGCGGCAGCAGAAUCAAGAAUCUGAGCCGCAAUCUGAGCAGGGGCAGCAGGGGCAGCCGGCUGGGCAGCAAGAGGCAGCUGCUGCGCUGCUAAAGGGUGACGAUGGCGACGGAGACAGUGGCGGCACUAGCAGCAGCGGGGCCAGUGCUAAAAGCAGCAGCACCAGCACCACCACUACCACCAGCAGCAGUGACAGCGUCAACGGUAGACGCGGCAGGCAGCUGCUGCAGGAUCCACAGGUUUCCGCCAACUACGCCAACGCUUUCCGGCUGGUGUUUGGCAACUUCUUUGACCUAGUGGGGGGCGCUCUCCGCUACCUGGCUCUGCUGGCUGGGGAGGCCAACCUGGCGCUGCUGAACCUGCGCUGGAUCCGAGAUCUGUCGUACCUCGCCUCCGCACCGCUCGACAACAUUGUCAACUCCAACUGGCUGCCGCUGCCGGGGGACAAUAACGAGCUCCGAGCUCUGUUGACAACGGCCCUCAACGACUACUGCGCACCCGAGCUGGUCGCCCCCACGCAGCUGCGGCUUGGCGAGUUCAGGGGUCCCAUCUUCUCCCUGGCCAUUACACCCGCCGUCUGCCCGAUUCGGGUGGAUGCGGACAGCGGGCGCCGCAGCAUUAAUUGGGACAACUGCAUCCCAGCACGCCUCACCAUCCUUCUGACGCCCAACACCUACUCCACCCCCCGCUACACCGCGCCGUCGUACAGGGGACAGUCCUGCCGCUACAGCCGCGCAUUCGGUACCGACUUCAUCUUCAGUGAGGGAGGCGGCACCACCAGCUUCACCUUCAGGACCUCCGCUCGCCAGCUGGAUAUCGUGCCGGUCCUCAACCAGUACUUCUUUCAGGCUCGAUUCUCACGGUUCAAUGCGGAAAACACUGCGCUUUUCAACGUCACGGGAGGACCCUCGCUGGCCCGCAACAGCUUCGCAGCCCCCGCACCUGGCUCCGGAACCAACACAGCCAUCGUGUUUCGAGCCGCCAAUGAAACCACUACUGCAUCCACAUCCACAUCCGCUUCGAGAUCCUGGGCUUCGGAGCCAACAGAUGGUGGUGGCGUGGCGGCGGACACCGGAGAUCUGGAGGCAAUUCGAGAUGAGCCCCCCGAGGUGUACGACAGGGCUGCUAGUAGCGGAGUACGACAGCAGGGAAUGGGUUUAGCAGCAGCCGGGCAACAACAGCAGGAGGGAUGGAAGCAGCGACAGGAAGGCGGGGGGCUGGAGCGGGGCUCUGUUCUUGGCAGCCAGGAGCAGCGGCAGCAACAACAACAACAGGCUGAAGGGCAUCGCUCACCACCAUUAGCAACGGCACCGGCAGCAGCAGCAGCGGCACCGGCAGCGGAUGCAGCGGCACCGGCAGCGGAUGCAGAGGAAUCAGCAGCACAGCCGCCACCAACGCUGUCGCCACCAGCACCCGGACCCCCACCGCAGCAACUGCAGCCCGUAUCUCCAUUUGGAUUGCCUCAACUGCCACUUCCGUUACCUGCCGAAUCACCCGCCGCUAACGCUAGUGGUUAUGGCAGUUGGGAUGGAGUACUGCCGUACAUGGCUCGCAGCCGUACCCAAUCGCAGCAGGUGGGGUCCACGCAGGUCAAACAGCCUCUGCAGCAGCAGCAGCAUCAACCGCCGCGGCAUUCCGGUAACGUUCCUGCACAUGAUCGCCCUAUGACCCCGCUGCCGCCGCCUCCACCACCGCCACCAUAUGGUGGGGGUCAACUGACGUCUGACGUAAUAACUGAUGCGGUUGUGCCGUACAACCGCCACCACCGGGCAGUACCGGCAGUGCUAACGUCACCGCCGCCGCCGCCGUUGCUGCGUUUGACAACACCUCCGUCGUUAGCCUCAGCACCAGCAUCAGCCCUCUUACCACCACCACCACAACCACAACCACCACUUGUUGCAGCAGAAUCCUCGACUCCUCCUCCUUCUGCUGCUGCUGCUAGUGGGGGCGACGGUCAACAGGACCGUAUCCUGCCGUACAUUCCGGGCACCAUCAGCUCCCGCGCUCAUCAGUCAUUAUCAGCAUCAUCAUUACCCUCCUCACGCCUAACGGAGGCGGAGGCGGACGUCGGUCCAGGAACACAGAAAGGGGAAGGAGACGCUAGAGGAGCAGGAGCAGGAGCAGGGAAAGACGGGAGCUUAACGACCGAGGCGGUGGAGUUGUACGAGGUAACGCACAACCGUAGAUCUCCGCAUCCGCCACCGCCGCCACCAGCAGCAGCAGCAACUUUACGGUCGCCGCCUUCCGUGCCUCCACCCAAGCGGCGAGGAAGUGAACCGUGAAGUACUGCGUCACAACCGCCGCAACGUCCUCAUCUGGAUAUUGAGACUGUAGUGUUGAACGAGGGUCAAACGACUGUCCACGAUAGCGAUGAGGGGGCGGCUGCUGGUAAUGUGACACCCGGUGCUCCUGGGAACGGAAGCACUACUACUGGGUGAGGCGAUGAAGUCGUCGCCAAGCUGUUUCUGCGCGUGCAUGCGUUGGUGGGGGUUGCAGCGGGUGUCGAGUCACGGGUAAGCACGUGUUGCGUUUCAUGCUGUUUCGUGUACGGGCGUGUGACAAGGCUGCAGUUGUAAGUUACAAGUUGUAGCCGGGCGCGACACACGUUCAGGUCGUUUACCAGUGUUGGUAUGGGUGCGCGGGAGCUGUUACUAUUCAGGCAGGGUAUUGCUUACGUGUUAAGAAAACUGGCCGCAAAUCGGGACGUACUGUGAUUGCCUGAAGGUGAAGUUCCCACAGAAGCGCCACAGGAGCGGAGGAGCUUCGUUGUGUCACGCGGUUCUGUGUGACAGGCCCGCCAGCCAACAUUUCCAGGCAGGCAGGCAGGCAGAUGAGCUGUGCAGUGCUAUUUGAUACACCGUGGGUCCGGGUGACCCACGGGUCAUGAACAACCCUGCCGCGCGUAUGAAAGCGGAGAAAGUCGGCGUGGGUCAUGCUCGCGAGGCC